UGCGGGGUGCUGUCAUUGGCAGCACUGCCUGGGGAGCCCCAAACUCUGUUCCCGUGUCAAGGAGCUGCAUCCGGGAGGGAUGAAUUGAUCCCGAUCUGGUUUAGUAAGAGCUGCAUUAGCAACAGCUACGUGCGGAGCUGGGGCUGCGGAUUAGGCACGGAGAAGUGCAGUUUGAACAAGGAUCCCAGCAAGCCUGGGCUGGCAGAAGCUGAUCGCUGCCUAGAGUCCCGAUCUUUGAAAUGAGCCUGACUAGAGGUGGAUGCUUGCAUGGACAGCUCUGUGAUGUGUGGAGAAAGUCCAGUACUCAUGGAGAUCCAUCAAACACCUGGAGUUCCUAUAUCCCAAGAUCCUGAGGGAGACAGCACCAGCAGAGAGGACCCUUACUGUUAAUUUAUUUCAGUUCUUGACAGUUUGCAAAAUGGAGAUCAACACCCUAUUCGUUACAGUUGAUGUAUGUGGGCUUGUUCUUCUGCACCUAUGACCAACAUGUAACAUCCCAAGUGUCCUUGGCCAUGUCCCUGGCUGCCUGGCUGUCCUUCCAGCAACUGCUGCAAAGUCCAAGGAUUUGGGCACAGCAACAUCUGAGAAACCCGAGCUCCCCUCCUUGUAUCAGGAGCUGGAUCCCUUGGUUUGGAGCUGCGUUUCAGUUCGGGAAAGCUCCUCUGGAAUUUAUAGAGCAAGCCAGAAACAAGCAUGGACCUGUGUUCACAAUAUUCGCUCUGGGAAAACGGUUCACUUUUGUGACUGAGGAAGAAGGAACUGAAGCAUUUUUUAAAUCUGAAGACUUAAAUUUUGAACAGGCAGUACAACAAGCUGUCAAGAAUGCAGUGUCUGUCCCUGCAGAAGCAUUUUAUCAGAACCAUGGCAACCUCUACAGCAUGAUGAAGGGGAAAAUGAGUCCCUCUAAUCUGCACAUGUUCUCGGGCACUUUGUGUAAGGAGCUCCAUGAGUACAUGGCUCACCUGGGCACAGAAGGCACAGGUGACCUCAAUGACCUGGUAAGGCAUGUCAUGUAUCCAGCAGUGGUGAACACCCUGUUUGGGAAAGGCGUGUGCCCAACCAGUCAGAGUGAAAUCGAGGAGUUUGAAGAGCACUUUCGGAAGUAUGAUGAGGACUUCGAAUACGCGUCUCAGAUGCCCGAGUGCUUCCUGAGGAACUGGUCAAAAUCCAAAAAAUGGCUUCUAAAAUUAUUUGAGAAAGUAGUGUUGGAUGCUGAAAGGACCAACCCUUCAGAGACUGCAUCCAAGACACUUCUACAACAUCUCCUGGAUAAUUUGCAAGGAAAACAUCUAGCUCCCAAUUAUGGUCUCCUGAUGCUCUGGGCUGCCCAAGCAAAUGCUGUACCCGUUGCAUUUUGGACCCUUGCUUUCAUACUCUCUAAUCCUACCAUUUACAAGAAAGUCAUGGAAGACUUGGCUUCUGUUUUUGGUAAAGCAGGUAAAGAUAAACUGGAAGUCUCUGAGGAGGACCUGAAGAAGAUCCCUUUCAUUAAAUGGUGCACUUUGGAAGCCAUACGGCUGAGGUCUCCAGGUGCAAUCACCAAGAAAGUCAUAAACCCAAUUAGAAUUAAGAAUUUCACCAUCCCUGCAGGUGACAUGCUGAUGUUGUCACCAUAUUGGUUGCACCGGAAUCCAAAAUAUUUUCCUGACCCAGAAAUGUUCAAACCUGAUCGUUGGAAAGAGGCAAAUUUAGAGAAGAAUGCUUUCUUGGACAGCUUUGUGGCAUUUGGAGGAGGGAAGCAUCAGUGUCCAGGAAGAUGGUUUGCGAUCAUGGAAAUCCAGCUGUUCGUUGUGCUGUUCCUGUACAAGUAUGAAUUUGUACUGUUGGAUGCAGUGCCAAAGGAGAGCCCUUUACAUUUGGUGGGGACACAGCAACCCAUGGCACCAUUAGGGGUCCAGUAUAAAUGCCGGGAAUGAAAAUUGUGCAGCAUUGACCUUUCUUUGCCAGCCCGUGGAUGGAUGAACCACUGAGCUGCUUCCCAAUCCCACAUCUUCAGACUCUGCGUGCAGAGUUCUUGAUUUCAGCUUUCAAUGCUGUACAUUGUGCUGUGCCAAACCAGUGCAGUCAUACCUGUGCUCCUCCCCUGGUUGCCCACCUCCCAGUGCUUCACUCCAAGCUUUCCUGCUGCAUUCAUAAUUUGUGGGUCAGUUAUUCAUGGACUUUGCAAAUCUGAUAUACUAAACUCGCCAACCAAACACGCAGGACAAAAAGCUGCAGUGUCUGGAAGUCCUGUGUGGAAGCUGUGCCAGAACCAGCAGAGAAGCAGCUCCCUUGGGCCAGGUCACUGCUUCCUGUAGGGCGCUUCAAACCAAGGCCAAAGUGGUGCCUCAUGCUAAGAAAUCACAUUGGUAACAACAAACAGCUCCCUGGUGCUGGUGUGCACAAAAUCCAGGACAGUCUGAGCAGAGGCGUCUGGAUCAGCUCCACAUCCUGAUAAACUGUGGUGACUUGUGUGUCACUGCCUGUGUGGGCAGGUGAAGGUCUGGCCUGCUCUGCCUACAACCAGUGCCAACUUCUUGCAAAUAAAAUGAAUUUGUAACAGAAAAAUUGCAAGCAUUUGGGAUCUUGUUCCACUGGAGCACCUAAAUUUCUGCCGAGCUUUAUUUUGCUCCACAGGAUUCAGAAUCAUCGUCCUUCUAUGAAUUUGCAGUGACAGUUUGACCAUGAUGUUUGGCUUCCAAUAAAAAGUGAUCACGAGGAAA